AUGGAUCACCUUAAGGCACAUACGAAUUGCCCUCCCGCACCAUACGUUUCUCUCUCCCUCACCCACGUCUCCUACGACGCUUCAAGCCCGUACUCCCUCCCCCUCGCCUACCUAACCCUGACACCCCUCCUCCUCCUCAUUAUCUACUCCACCCUCUUCCUCUCUACCCGCCAAUUCUUAAUCCUGGUCGCCCUCGCCGGUCAGUUGGUAAAUGAAGCCAUCAACUAUGUGUUGAAGAAGUUGUUGAAGGAGGCACGACCGGUUCUACCGGGGCUGGAUGAGGCGGUUGGGAAGGGGUAUGGGAUGCCGAGUAGUCAUUCGCAGUUUAUGGGGUUUUGGGCAGGAGUUGUGGUUGUCGUGUUGUAUGGGAAGUUGGGACAUAGGUAUACGGCUCCGCAACGGAUCGCAUUGAGUGUUGCUGCGGUGACGCUCUCAACCCUGGUCUGCGUUUCGAGGGUUGUGCUUGGGUAUCAUUCGAUCAAGCAGGUUGUUGUUGGGAACUCGCUUGGGUAUGUGUUGGCGAGCGUGUGGUGGUUUGCUGUGCAGGAGUUGCAACGGUGGGGAGUUUCGGGGUGGGUGUUGCAACUAUGGCCAAUGAAGCUAAUGUAUGUGAAGGAUAUGUUUGGAGAAGGUCCUGGUUUAAAGGAGGAGUGGCAGAGGUGGAGGGCAAGUGGGGCAAAGAAGGGUCAGUAG